UAGUGCUCCUUUCCCCCAUCUGUUCCAUUCCCUUUUAACUGCUCCACUUCCCUUGCCCCCUCGAGCUAAACCCUCACUCCUGCAACGUCUACAAUCAACAAUCCAUCAACCAUCAAACAGAUGUGAAAGGAAGAUACUGGGCCUAUCUAUAUCUAAACGUACAAUACACGCAUCCUCUACCCCGAAUGGGAUGCUCGCCACCUGUUGACCUUACCAACCCUUGCAGCCCCAUUUUAAAAAAAAAGGCCCUCUCCUCCCCUUGCUCCAUCCGGUUCGAGAGUGCGCAUUCUCGAACUCCCGCAUCCCCCAUUAGCCGCUCACGUCCAAGCUUGGCACCACCACGCGAGACCUUUUCCUCAGAGUAUCUCCUGAUCAUAACCUGACAUCUUUCAAACACCAACCCAAACUCUCCGCUUACUGCCCGUCAUGUCUGCCAACUGGGCUCCCUUCCUCACUGAUGAAGGUCUUACUUUACCAUACGAUCAGUGGUCCGAUAUCCCGCAGACCACCACAGGAAGCACCACCCAUCCCUCCACCACCACCAACAAUCACCCUCUAUCUGCCAUGCCAAAAUCAACUGCCACCUCAGGGUCCGAUCCUGGAGAUCUCUCUGUGUUCAACUCUAUCCUCAACGGUUCCAGCUUCGACGACCCUCUCUUCACUGCCAACGACUAUUUCCUUAGCGACUUCGAGAUCCUUCAGCCCUUCAACGACCCUCUGGCCGGCGGUGAAUCCACUACUGAAUCCUCGCCCGAGCCAACCUCAGGAAUCGCCUUGACUGGUCCCUUUACUGCAAGUCACGACAUCUCUUCCGCAUCACAAACACCAGCAUCUAUCCCUACGGACCCGAAUCAAUCCCCCUUGGACAUGUCGAUGAACCGGAGGCCUUCUGUGCACCGCGCACAAACUUUCCCCAACCCCUCCUAUGAAUCUAUGUUCCCGAACAACAUGGACUCUGGCUUCGUCGAAGACCUUACCUUUCCAGAUGGACCCAACGGGGCAGCAUCUUCGUCACAUGCCAUCGACAAGACCACGCAUGAUCACACUCACAGCAACAGUGCCUCGACCGGUACGACUGCGAAGCGCAACAGGAACAAACCCGAUAUUAUCUCCGCAUGCUGGACGUCACCACUCUGCCCAAACCACGGUCAAGAUGGACCUCCACCAAACCCAUCGAAUUGUGGUGGCGGAUGUGCCCCUUUCCUAUUCGCUAACGAUGACAAUCUUCCAACUUCAACCAUCAACUCGCUUCUCCCCCAACCGCAAGAAAUCAUUGCUGAGGACGGUAUCGUAGAGAUCCAGCCCCGGCCCAAGAAGCGAAGUGAGAGCAGUUCGUCUUGCGAGCCGGCCGGCCGGCGCUUUCCCAGCUCGACCACCCCAGAGCAGACACUUCCCAAGGAAGAGCAGGAAGAAUCACCAGACACAGUAGGCAAUCUGGACGACGCGAAGCCAAAGUCCCGACGCCGGUUGCCUCACAACCAAGUGGAGCGGAAAUAUCGCGAGUCACUGAACACGCAGCUAGAGUCGCUCCGCCGUGUAGUCCCCGCCCUACAGCAGAACCAGCGGGGUUGCGAUGGUGCAGACAUCGAGGACUUACCAGCCCCCUCCAAGCCCAGCAAAGCCGUCAUCCUCGCAUCGGCAACCGCCUACAUCAAGCAGAUGGAGAAGGACAAGAAGUCUCUCGCCGAGGAGAACGCCGCUCUAAGGACACGAAUGAAGGCUCUACAGGCGCUCGUCAAGUGCGAGGACUGCAGUCUCAUGCAGUACGUUGUGGACCUAAAGAUCAACCCUGCUCGCCAAUAGAGACGCAUACACGAACGCACGCCUUCUUCUUUCCUCAUCAUCGCUACGGAUCGAUUCUUUCACGUUGUUCUUUGCAUCACCGGUCAUCACUCCUGAGCAUUUUGUCUGGCGUUAUCGGUCAAAAAAGAAUCCUCCCGAUAUUUCGGUAUCCUCUCUCAGAUGAAAUCGUCCAGUGAGACAAUGGACAUUUUGCCACCAAAAGUCUUGUCUCACCAUAAGAUUCCUCUCAUGGCUUAUAUGCACGUUCUGGACGAAUGGAGUGAACGACAAACCGCCUAUCUUCCCAUCUCUCUCCAUCAUCCCCCUUUUCUCGCCUCGAGCGAGAGCAGGGGGCCAUAAUCGACUUACCUUCAUAU